GUCACGUGUUAGAGCGCGAGGCGUCUCCCGCGGGGGCGCUUCCUGUCACGGCUGCCUCGGCGGCCCGGGGGCUGCGGGAGGCCUGGGCGGCACCGGGCGGGAGAAGGCCCGGGUCGGUUUCGGAUCCGCCGCGAGAGCCUCCGUCUGGGUCCAGCACCGCUGCUCCCAGCCGGGCGCCCCCGGAGCCGCAGACUUGGCGGGUCUCGCCGACCCACUCACUUCGUGUCCCCCGCUCAGUUGACCACCCGCCGUACACCCAAGUCACUGAAAUCGGACGCCUUGGAGUCACUGAGCGCCUCCUCCCACAGGUAUCCAGGCUGUCAAGAUGCCAGGGCCAAGACCUCGGAAGGGCCCUCCGGCCAGUGGCCAGGGUGUGGCAGCUGCCAAGCAGCUCGGGCUCUUUGUGGAGUUCAGCCCUGAGGACAUGCUGCUGGGGGUGGAGGAGACUGAAGACGAUGGGGACCUGGAGGCUGAGUUGCUGGCUCUCACUGGGGAAGCAGGGACCACAGGCAGGAAACCAGCACCCAAGGGGCAGGCCCCUCUGCCUAUGGCCCACAUUGAGAAGUUGGCGGCGGACUGCAUGCGGGAUGUGGAAGAAGAGGAAGAGGAGGAAGGGCUGGAGGAGGAUGCAGACUUGCUGACAGAGCUGCAGGAGGUCCUGGGUACAGAUGAGGAGGCUGGGGCCCUGGAUGGUGAUGAGACAGCCAGCCUGGGUGGCCCUGAGGAGGAGAAGGAACAGGAAAACAUUGAACCUCCGGUGCAGGCAGCUCUCUUGACAGCCCCAGUCCCAGCAGCUCAGGUUGGAGGGCCCCCGGGGCUGCAGACCCUGCUAGAGGAUCGGAUCCGCAACUACCGGGAGGCUGCAGCCAGUGCUAAGGAGGCAGGCGAAGCGGCCAAAGCCAGGCGCUGUGAGCGCGGCCUGAAGACACUGGAGUCCCAGCUGGCUGCUGUGAAGAAAGGCAGGAAGAUCAGUGAGGAUGAGAUCCCGCCUCCAGUGGCCUUGGGCAGGAGGCCCUUGGCCCCCCAGGAAACAACCAAUAGGAGCCCUGAAGCAGAACCUCCAGCUGCCCCCUCUGUGGAGCCAGACAACCCCUCCCAGCCUGAGACAAGCCUCUUGGGCAGCCCUGGUAUUUCUGCCCCACCCGACUCAGACCCAGACCCACGGGCCCUGCUGUUGGCCCGACAGAGAGAGUACAAAGUGGCUGCUCUGAAUGCCAAGCGGGCUGGAGACCUAGACCGUGCCCGAGAGCUCAUGAGGGUUGGGAAGAGAUUUGGUGCUGUCCUGGAGGCCCUGGAGAAGGGGCAGCCUGUGGACCUGAGUGCCAUGCCCCCGGCACCAGAGGACCUGAAGCCCCUUCCACAGGCUUCCCAGGCCCCCACAGCACCCUCAGAUACAUCCCCGGCAGUGGAGCGAAUGCACCCAGUGAUGGCCUCUGACAUCCCAGCAGCCCCGGUGGCCCCUGCUGAGCCACAGACAGUGCUGGAUGCCCUGCAGCAGAGGCUGAACAAGUACCGCGAGGCAGGCACCCAUGCUCGGGGCAGUGGGGAUGAGCGCAAGGCCCGGAUGCAUGAGCGCAUUGCCAAGCAAUAUCAAGAUGCCAUUCGGGCCCACCAGGCAGGACGGAAGGUUGACUUUGCCGAGUUGCCUGUUCCUCCAGGAUUCCCCCCUAUACCUGGCCUGGAGCCCACCGUGGCUACUGAGGAGGAUAUGAUGACAGCUACUUUAGCAACUGCCCAGAAACUGGCCUCCUCAGAGGAUACAGCCCCAGUAGAGGAAGAGGAGGAUGAGGACAAGGAUGAGCCCCCAGCCCAGGCCCCAGCGGCCAAGAAGCCAGCACAGCCUGUCGUCCCUUCAUCGCGGCCCCUGCCUGAGCCCAAGGCCUCGAGUUCUAAGGAGGUGCUGAGUCCAUCUGCACGAGAGCAGCUGACCCUGCUGGAGGCACGGAAACUGCAGUACCAGCGGGCAGCCCUGCAGGCCAAGCGUGGCCGGGACCUGGAGCAGGCCAAAGCCCAUCUGCGGGUGGCCAAAUCCCUCGAGGCUCAGAUCACCCAGGUGCGAGCUGGCCACCCCGUGGACCUCUCCAAGGUACCUUCACCCUUAACGGAUGAGGAGGGUGACUUCAUCCUGAUCCACCAUGAGGACCUGCGACUCUCUCAGAAGGCUGAGGAGGUGUAUGCCCAGCUACAGAAAAUGCUUCUGGAGCAACAUGAGAAGUGUCUGCUGUUCUCCAAGCAGUUCAUGCACCAGGGCAAUGUGGCUGAGACCACCCGGUUUGAGAAGCUUGCUCAAGACCGCAAGAAGCAGCUUGAAAUCCUGCAGCUGGCCCAGGCUCAAGGCCUUGACCCUCCUAGCCACCACUUUGAGUUGAAAACAUUCCAGACUGUGAGGAUCUUUGCAGAACUCAACAGCACAGAAAUGCAUCUGAUUGUUGUCCGGGGAAUGAACCUCCCAGCCCCUCCAGGGGUGACCCCUGAUGACUUGGAUGCUUUUGUGCGGUUUGAGUUCCACUACCCUAAUUCGGACCAGGCUCAAAAAAACAAAACAGCUGUGGUGAAAAACACAAACUCUCCAGAAUUUGAUCAACUCUUCAAACUAAAUAUCAACCGAAACCACCGGGGCUUCAGGAGAGUGAUUCAAAACAAAGGAAUCAAGUUUGAAAUCUUCCACAAAGGAUCCUUCUUCAGAAGUGACAAGCUGGUUGGCACAGCCCACCUGAAACUGGAGCGGCUGGAGAAUGAGUGUGAGAUCAGAGAGAUUGUGGAGGUCCUGGAUGGAAGGAAGCCCACUGGGGGCAAGCUGGAGGUGAAGGUGAGGCUGCGGGAGCCUCUGAGUGGCCAAGACGUGCAGAUGGUCACCGAGAACUGGCUGGUCCUGGAGCCCAGGGGCCUGUGAGGUGGGCAGCUCUCUGGGCCCUUAGAACGUCUGCCUGGGCCCCAUGGGAGCCCUUCCGGUACUCAACUCAUAUCUAAGGAGAAAACCGAGGAAUUUCUCAUCUGUGAGGAAGACCAAGAGGCAAAACUGUUGGGUUGGGCUCAGGUUCGUUCACGAUAUUCAGUAGAACUGGGGAAGGAAGCUAACUCUCCCAGGUUGUUGUCAGGAAACCCUUCCUGAAACCUACUUGGACAUUCAUGCAGUUUAGACUUCUGUGCUCUGUGCCCGUGUGCAACAGAGGGUCAACGCUGGAGUGGAGUCAAGCUGGAGACUCUUCUCCAGCUUUUCCCCCUGGGCUUCGCUGGCUACAGAAGUCUUUGUACAUAAAGGAGAUGCUGCUAAACAAGUACCAAAGACCUGUUAAGCACGUGCAUUACUGACCACGGCUCUGGUCUUUCCCGUUGCUGGCCUCUCCCCAGGCCUCCACCAAAGCAGGCUGGAUUCCAGGGUUUCCCCCUCCCUCUCUGUCCGGGCAGGGCAAGGACAGCCUCACUGCUCUGCCAUGGAGCCUUGUAACCAACCCCUUAACCCCUGUGAAUCAACUGUUUGCAACCUGCCCCAGCCCCCAUUUGCACCAUUUCUAGACGUGCCUUUAAAAGAUAAAACUGUAAGGGAUGGGAAAGCGCGAGUGUGAUCCGGACCCCCCUCCCCAUAGGGCAGGGCAGGGUUCUGUGACUCCAGUUGGUCGGCAGCCGCCUGUCCCCCCAACUCAGUUGACCCCAGCCCCGCCUGUGCCUUGCCUCCCGACAGCUGCUGCCAUAGCCUCCCUGCUUCCCAACGCUCUCAGUGGGAUUUUGUUCAGGACUGUGUGGUGGGAAGUGAGAGCAGGUUAUCUUGAGUUAGGUCCAUGUACCUGAGACUGAGACUGUUAACUGAGGAAGAAAGAAAAAAAAUUUAUAUAUAUAUAUAUAUAUUUAUAUAUAUAUAUAUAUAUAUAUAUAAAUAUGUAGAUGUAACUGAUUUUAUUUAAGAAACUAGGUCUAAUUCAUUGUAGGGGGUUUACGUUCUCACAAAAUAACCAUCAAAGUCUUAAACAAAAGCCCUGCUCCUCCCUGUCACUGCCCCCCACCACCCCCACCCCAUCACUUUUUAAAAGCCAGAGUGGCAGUAACAUUUGUUAAUUGACAGAAACUGCAGUUAUGGCUUCCUCUUCAGAGACCAGGCAGGAGAAGCCUUGCCUCUUCAUCUUAUCACCUAGGGAAAUCCCUAAAUUUCUUCCCAAGAAAUUCUUUGGAUUUAUUUUUGUGAACAGAUGGAGAUCAUGGAGGGAUUUAUAUCAAUAUUUGCAGUAGACUUAAUGUUCAAAACUGCAAUAGUCUAUAUCUCUUAAAAAUAAACUUUAACACCCCAUCUUUUCCCCCCUUUCUUUGAAACAUUGUUUAACAAAGCAUUCCUGAAGAUAAUAUUUUAAGGCUCUACAUGAAGCAGAUACAUUCAACUUACUGAUGAUUGUAGUCCUGCAAACACACAAGUUUGGGAUUGAGCUUUUGUGUGUGCGUCUUUUUCUGGGAUGCAGCUGGACCACACUUCCCUGCCCUUAAGAGCAGAGCUUAUAGUGUAACAACAGACAACAGAUAACUUCUGAGAGCUAGAAAGCUAGUCUAGCUAGAAGGCUAAUCUUAACUUACUAAAAAUUCCAUAGAUGUGAGACUUAACACUUAAAUGCAGUCCUAUCUGUGUGUCAUACAAGCAGCCAUCUAGAAUGAAAAGGAGGGCUGUCAGCCCUCAUAAGGUGGCCUAGAGCAGAGAGGGAACCAGAAGAGGGUUCCUGACUCAACCUAGUCUUCCCUUAGGGUUUGUAAGUGCUAAGAAGGCUUGACGUUUCUGACCAGUACUAGGAAUGUCUAAACUCAGUCCUCUGCUAGAAAUCGGAUAGCAAGUUUUUUUCUGUGGUUCAACGAUUUCUCAUCAUAACCUGUUCAAUUUCCUUCUGCUUCACUGCCCUUUGCUUUUUGAAAACGAGAACCUCCAGGCUGAGAGAGGCAAGGCAAAACCGCCCACUGGACUUAGAAACUAAGGUUCUUAAAAGGCCUUUGUUGUAGCCCAGGCAUGCAGGGGUCACUGGCAUGGGAGGAGCCUGCCCAGCCUCAUCUUGUGCUAAGAUUUAUCCAAAUACAGCAUUUCAGCAGUGCAGAUUAGUGACUUGUGGGCAGUUGGGAACCAGCCAUGACCCAAAUCAUUUUUAAAUUUUAAAAUUUCUUUUCAAUUGUAUAGGACAUACUUUCUUCUGAAUACAAUAUGGAAGGAAUUUAUCUUAGAAUCAGGAAGUCUUGCUCACAAUUAAAGGGCAGACUAGUUUGCAUUUUAUUACGCUCCUUUCUCACGGUUCUAUUCUGAAACCUAUAUUGUUGCUUCCCAGUUUUUGAGUGUUUUCCAAAUAUUUGUGGGCAGUUUUUAAACACUCAUUUAUCCCUUAAGUUAAGGCAGCUGCUUUGAAGAUGAAACUCUGGGGCUGAGACUAGCAGAAGGAAGCUUGCAUCUGAUUCAGUUCCAUCACAGAUGGAUUCUUCCCUUCUCUUAGCCUCAGCUUCCCAAACUCUAAAAUGGACAUUCUCAUUCCUCUUAUGCUCCUUCUCCCUUCUGGCUACAUUAUAGUCCUCCAAGUCCCGUUAACCAUCAUUACUAAAAUUAUUUCAGCAUUAUUAUUAAACAACUAUCACAGACUUUUUCUAGAAACAGUGUUCAGCAGAUUUCUUACUGUCUGAAGUGCAUUAAAUGCAUAAAUUAUUCCCCAAGUGACUAGUUAUGAUAGAAGAAAAUUUAGUUGGAAAUUCUGGGCUUACCAACAUUCAGGAACCAGUGUAGGUGAGGGAAGACACUAGAUGGGAACUUAAACAGGGCAGAGUUCAAUUUAUCUACAGCCCUAGAAACCAGUCAAUCAUAAAGGAAAUGAACUUUGAAUAUUUACUGGAAGGACAGAUGCUGAAGCUGAAGCUCCAAUUCUUUGGCCACCUGAUGCGAAGAGCCGACUCAUUGGAAAAGACCCCGAUGCUGGGAAAGAUUGAGGGCAGGAGGAGAAGGUGGUGACAGGAGCAGAUAGUUAAACAGUGUCACUGACUCAAUGGACAUGAAUUUGAGCAAAUUCCAGGAGAUACUGGAGGACAAGGGAGCUUGGCAUGCUGCAGUUCAUGGCGUUGCAGUCAGACAUGACUGAGCAACUGACCAACAAGAGUCCAGUAGGUGCUCAGAUACAUGUUGAUUUAAAAAAACUGGAGAAACUACACUGCCUAGCAUUUGGUGAGAAUUUGGUAAUUUUUUAAAAAUGUAGUAAUACCAGAAUGGCAGUUCUAUUCCUCAUUAUAGGAUCUCUGUAUCUCAAUCUGAGUUUACAUUAUAGAAGAAUCUGCCUUAUUUAUUUAGAAACAUGAUGUUUCCAGUUCUAUACAGCAUACAGUAUAUAAAAACAAAAGUGAAACAAGGGAAAACAGUAAACUAGCCUUGGCUAUCUUAUGUCCAAUCCCACAAGAUGAUUUCAUUAAAUAUAAAGGAAAUUUUAUGCAGUUGAGAAUGGACCCGACUCUGCAAGGACAGAGUCUGUUCUUAGAAAGGUUUGCACUGAUCUGUAAGAAACGUGUACAACUGCAAGGUCUGUUCAGCUGAGAAGGAAGAAAGGUAACUCCUGUAGGACAGAACCAAGAGAGCCAGCUCCUGGGGAAGCUCCAGUGUAGACCAAGCUGGAUGUUGGACCCCAAGUUCCUACUACCCCUGUUAACAAGUGCAUCCGGUGCCUGUCAGGUUUAGGGGGUGACAGUCCAGGGCUUGGUCCUUACAAGCUGGUGUUCUUCCUUUGGAAGCUCCCAGUCUAUGGGAAAGGUUACAAUCCCAGCCCUCUGCAGCCACGAUCAGCGAAGCGUAUGAAGAAGCAGAUGUAGAAUGUGGAUUUUCCCCUCCGGCCCAAUAGAAGAGGGAUAAACCUUGGGCUUCACCAGUGGCUCAGCAGUAAAGAAUCCAAUGCAGUUCAAUCCCUGGAUCAGGAAGAUUCCCUGGAGGAGGGCAUGGCACUCCUCCAGUAUUCUGGCCUGGAGAAUCCCAUGGAUAGAGGAGUCUGGCGGGCUAUAGUCCAUGGGGUCACGAGAGUUGGACAGACCUGAGUGACUAAACAAAAACAACAGACACCUUUGGGCCUCAGAAAACAGCUACUAACCUGAAGGGAGCUCCACAGCCUGUAAUGCCAAGUACUAGGCCUAGCUCCAGCCGCCGAGGAGCAGCCUCUCGCUGUCUUGGGCCUGCACUACCUUCUAGGGGAUUUUUGGAACUGUCCUUUCACUGCAGAGGCACCAGCCUCCUCCUUGGCCUGGGGUUUUAGAAAAUGCCAGUGACGAGGAAGUGAGCUGCCCUAGAGCAGCGUUUUUCAAACCGUGGGUUGUGAAAUCUAUUUGGUCUGACUAAAUUUUUCAUUAAGGAGAAAAUGAUCAGCAUGCAUCACAUAUGUCACAGGUAAAACCGAGUCUUGCCUUCUAAUACCACUUCUACUAAAAAAAAAACACCCAACUGAUUCCAAGGCUGGGGCAGGGUAAGCACAAGAUGACACUGGGGCAUCUUGUUAGGCCAGAAAAGGAAGUGUUAAGAAACAGGAGCAUGUGACAAGGAUGUGGGAGCUCACCUAAAUAAUGAAUUAGAACCAUUCAAAGAGUAAUCCCAAGUCCAGAAUGAAAGUUAAUUAAAUGAGUAAAUAAGAAAGAAGGGCUUUGGGAACUUUCUUGGCAGUCCAGGGGUUAAGACUCCAUACUUCCAAAGUAGGAGAUGUGAUUUCAAUCCCUGGUUGGGGAACUAAGAUCCCACAUACUGUGUAGUGCAGCACUCCCCCAGCCCCACACACACACACCCCCACCCAUAUACACCCACACACCCACCCAUACACACACACUCACCCAUAUACACACACACCCAUACACCCACACACACACACACACCCCCACACACACCCACAAGUUGGGCAUUAAAGUGAAAGUGAAGUGAGAGUCGCUCAGUCAUGUCUGACUCUUUGCAACCCCAUGGACUGAAUAGUCCAUGGAAUUCUCCACGCAAGAAUACUGGAGUGGGUAGCAUUUCCUUCUCCAGGGGAUCUUCCCAACCCAGGGAUCAAACCCAGGUCUCCUGCAUUGCAGGAGGAUUCUUUACCAGCAUUAAACUUACAUAUAUAUAUGUGUGUGUGUGUGUGUGUUUGUGUGUGUGUGUGUGUGUUUGUGUGUGUGUGUGUGUAUAUGUAUAUGUAUAUAUAUAUAUAAAAAGAAGGGUGUUUGCUUAUAGGUAAAUCAAGUGCAACUGAUAAACAGGAAGUGCUGGAAUUGAACAAUCUUGACGCCAUCAUAGUAAAAGAUCAACUCAGGCAAGAAACAGCAGAGUGCUAAAUCUAAGGGGACGUUUCAGUGAGUAAGAUCUCCAUAUGACCAGAGUGUCUACACAAACCAGUUAUUUGUUCUAAGAGGGGAAAUAUCCAGUGGAGAAACCAGACAACACCUUGACCGGGUAAAAAUUUAUCAUCAAUGAGGGGCAGAAGGACAUACAUCUAAGUGACCCAUGAUGUGAUGUCCCAAGAAGGACACAACAUCACUUGGGUAGGAUUCUGGCCAAGAAUGCAUAAUUCAUCUAAUUCUGAGGAAAUACCAACCAAGUUAAAAAUGGGGCAUUUUCUGUUAAAUGAGUUGGAAGAACCUAUAUUCAGCAAAAAUAUCAAUGACAUAAAAAAUAAAGGUGAGUCAUGACAGAAACUUACCAUGUUCUGAUCUAGGCUGGAAGCUUCACUGGAUGGGAAGGACGCUGGGUUAAAAUGUCAAACUGAAGUGGAGCCUGUCCUGCGGUGAUGUGAGAGGAUACCCUUAUUUGUAGGAAGUAAGCAUUAACGUACUUAGGGGUGAAGGACUUUGAUGUAUGCAAUGUAUGUACUUCUCAAUGCCUCAGUUUUUUAUGGAGAGAAAAGGAGAGAAAGGAACACUGAUAAAGCAAACAAGUUAAUCUGUAAAUAACCGGUGAAUCUGGGUAAAGCAUACAUAGAUUGUUUGUUUUUUUAACUUGCCACUUUCCUGGAAGUUUAAAUUAUUUCUCAAUAAAAUAUUUUUAACAAUA